GUGGGCACAGCCUGGGCAUGGCCCUCUGGCUCCUCACUCUCUGCCAGCUCCAUGGCCAACCCUGUGGAUGCAUCGCCAACAGGCCAUGCCAGUGGGUUGGGUCCCCACCGGAGAAAGCGGACCACCUUCAGCAGAGGACAGCUGCUGGAGUUGGAGCGGGUGUUUGCAGCACGGCCCUACCCUGACAUUGACACCCGUGAGCAUCUGGCCCAGGUCACCUGCCUUCCUGAGGCCAAGAUACAGGUGUGGUUCCAGAACCGCCGGGCCAAGAGAAUCAAGAACAGGAAGCCAGGAAGCCUAAACCCCAGGCCUGAGCGCCCCCAGAGACGCUGUUCUCUUUCAGAUGCCCUCCAGCAGCCUCAGGAGCCCCAAACACGAGGCCAGCUUCCACUCUCCAACAGCACAGCUCAGUGCACCUCAGGGUGCCGACAUGCCUCCUGUCCCGCUCCUGGCUUGGGUCCAGGGCAGGGCUGGGUGGGGGCUAAAGCUGUAGCUCCUUGGGGGCCAGCUGGGGCUUCCGGGGUCCAUCUUUCUUCAGAGCAAGCUACUCCCCAGACCUCACUGGGCAGCCUGUCUGAACUCAUCUAUGCCUCGGCCAUUGUCACCAACCUGGACCAGUCCUAA